GCACGAACGGCACUCUUAUUUCCAUGGCCAUAUAAUUGAUCGUAAGUCGACGCAAAUGGGCCAAGAUCCUUGAUUAAAAGGCCCCGGCCAGAGGGCCUGGCAGUCGCUGAGACUAAUUAACCGCCAUAUACUCCUGGUAAAAGCAGACCGGCAAUGUGCCUCCCAUAGACCUCGCUGGUCCUACUUACCGGGCUACGAAGUGUAUAUAAAGUACCUGAUCACUGCGUCGAUCCUAUCAUGUACUCUUCUUCUUCCAUCUACAAGUCUGCAGCAGCUGAUAAGAAUGCGCUUCUCACUGUUCCUUACCGCAGGCAUUCUCGCGCCCAUCGCGGUCCUUGCCGCGCCAGCCAGUUACGACGGAAGCCUCUACAGAAGGGAGAACCUCUGCAAUCUGAAGACCCCUCCCGUCACCUGCCAGCCCAAUUCCUCCGUCACCGUGGAGGAGACGGCUCAACGGGCGUAUAAAUUCUAUCGUGCAUUUGUGGUAGAUGGCGAUCCCAGGACCAUGUUUUCGCUCAUCGAUUCAGUCUACAAACAAAAUACACCGGGCUAUGCAAGCGGUCCGAACACCAUUUGGCCCCUCUUCUGCAACGGCAGAAAGAUAGGCACCGAACAGAACACGGCGUGGUGCUUCGAUGCUACGACCAAUAUGUCGUACGCGCGAUACUCUACAACAGAUAGGUGGCGCUGGGUCGACGGCUGUGUCCAUGAACACUGGGAUCAGGGCGAGAAAAUCCCGUCGCAAGACAAAUGUUACAAACUACCAGCCAAUGGAACUACGACCUAGUGCCACUACCGGAGUCAUAUUAUAUGGUUCACGGAAGAAGCUCUUGCUAUUCCUACAUCUUGUAUUCGUUUGGUUGAUAGUAAACGUUGUGAAAGGGGACCUCAAUCGCCUGUUGCCCUUGGCUCGCGAUCAGCCCCUGCCAGAGCUACUUGAGUGUGAUUCUUUUG